AAGAAAAGUCGACGUUGUCAAAUGAAAUGAAAGUUUUGAUUGGGUAAUAUCGGACGAAAAUGGCUACCGUUUCGAUUGACAAUAUGCAGCAAUGUGUGCGCGGUCGUAACGGACAAGAUUUACAAAAAUCGGAUAUAAAAAUUACAAUGAGAAGUAAGUUAAUUCUAUACGAAAGCAAGUUUCAUCGAAUUAUUGCCUUAACUUGACUAUAUUUUUGAUAAUUUCGAACUAUAUGGUUUAAGUUUUAAGCCUAAACACGCCUGUCAUAACCCAACGGAAUAUGUUAUUAGAAUAUUAAGCAAUUGGAAGAUUAUAUUUUUUGAAAAUGUCUGCCGGAAUUAAAGUAUCCGUACAAGAUCGUAAGGAAGUGGAAAGGUUCAUACGUUUUAUUGUUUUGAAAACUGUUCAAGUCGUCGUACAAUCUCGCUUAGGAGAUAAAAUCAGAACUAAAUCUAAACCCCAUUCUUCAGGUUCCGAUUGGUUUAAUCUAUCCAUUACUGACUUACCAGAAAUUACAGCUGAAACUAAAAAAGCAAUGGCAGGUCGCAUUCCAACAAUAGGACUAAGCAUGUGUUGUGAAAUUUCUUUGAAAACCUCAGAUGGUGAUAGUAUGGUGCUAGAAACAUGGACAAUUGAUGUUGAUGGAAGGUUUGAUCCUCGUGGAAAAGCUUCCUAUGCUCUUUAUAGCCGUUUAAGUUUAUUAUUAAAAUCUGCUAUUGCCAUUGCUAGAGUUACCCCUGCCUAUAAAUUAUCUUCUCAACAGGGUCCUGAUUCUUAUGUAAUAUGUUAUCGAACAUAUAUGGGAGAGCCUCAGUAUCACAUGCUUGGUGAAGAUUAUCAAGAAACUAAAGUAGGACAAGUUAUAACUGCUCUUGGGGUUCUCAGUCUAGUUAUUGCUUACAGGACAAAAAUGACAAUUACUCCUCAAAAAGUAGAAAAAGAAAGUCCUUUUAUGGUAAAAAGUGAUUAUUUUAAAGUAGAUAUGAGUCCUAAAAAUUCUCAUCCAAUAGAGCAUAAUGGAAUUGGACUUCAUUCAGAAAGUUUGGAGAAAAACAAUAUACAUUAUGGACAUAUGAUAAAAUUUGAUAAAAUUAAGGAACAGAAGAAUGAACUACUAGUUAAAUUGCCACAAGCACCUGUUAUUGCUGAUAAGAAAGAAAAUGAUGAACAUGUUUUACAAAAUGGUAUAUGCAACGAUAGUCAUAUUCAAAACUUGGAAUGUCAAACUAAUAUGUGGGAAUCUAAGAAAGUUGGUGCUUUUGCAAGUUGUGAAAAAGAUACUGAUCCAAGUCUGCUUCCAGAUAUGUUAUUGCCAGAUACACCAUUUCUAGAUUUAUUAAAGCAUGAGUGUGACAAUAUUGUAAAUAAUGACCAGAAAUAUUCUGAUAAAAAUGCUAAUAUAGAGCAGAAUGAACUUAUUGACUGCAACAAAAAUCAGAAUGGUGAUGUGAUGAAUAAAUCAACUGGAAGUGAUGAUUCCAUAUCAGAUGAUUUUGUGAUGGUUGAACUGAGGCCACCAUUUGCAGAAUGCGACAGUAAUAGUGACUUGGGUGCCUUCUUUUAUGAAUGUCAGUGUGCUCCGCCUCUCGCUUCCUUUACCAAUCAGCCAACUUUGGAAGAACAAGUUACCGAAAUCAGCUGUCAAUUGGCAAAAUUUGAAACGAGCAGGCUCGAUUUUGACGAUUUUGUAGAUUCCUUAUGUCAAGUAGAUAGUCAAAAGUGAUUAUUACAAAGAACUUUGUUAUUUAUCACAUUUUUCACUGUCAUAUUAUCAUAACCAUUGUCACGGUCGUUAUUAUUAUUAAAUAAGAACUGUCUAAUAGAACAGUUGCAGUGUCUUCAGAUCUUUAAUAAUCUAUUAACUGAAAAUCCUCAAAUACACCUGUAAAAAAUUACUAUAGAGGAAAGCUUUAGAUAUAAUCUAGUAUGGAUUGUUCUUAAUGAAUAUGAAUUUACAUUUCAAAUUUAUAAAAAUGCUAGUCUCUAAAAUAAUAUACCAGAAUAAUUAAAAUAAUAAUAAAUACUAUAAAUA